AUGAAGCGUGCUUCACUCAAGUUUAACCCGGUUGAUUCUCAUGCGAGUGAGAAUUCGCAAAGUUCUAAUCUUGAUGAUAAAAGAAUAAGGUUAGAAAGGCGAUGGAGGAGACGGGAGAUCACGGUUGAUAGUUUGAAGCACACUCGUGGCGCUAGUGCUACAAAGACAAUUUUAAGAGAUACAAAUGAUCAUAUGAGAGAUGAUCAAGUAGAUGAAGAAUGGAAAACAUUUUUUGCUACAUAUACUAGUGAUAAUGAUGAGGAAUUGGAUGAAGAUUACUGCUCCUUUUGGGCUACAUUUAAUUCUAAUAUUGAAACUGGUUCUGCUAGUAAUCAUAGUGGUGGUUCAAACAUUGACAUUGAUGAAAGUCAUGAAACAGAUGAAGAAUACGUAUCUUUUUUAGCUGCAUAUGAUCUUGAUUUUGAAAAUGACAGUGCUGGUAAUCAAAGUGGUGGUUCAAAUGUUGACGUCAACUUUGGCAACAACAAUGCCAGUGAGGAAAUAGAAGAAGGCGACAAUUGUUUUUCGAAUCAAUUUGUUUCUGAUUAUAUUAGCAACGGGGUUGGUGUUGAUGAAGAUGAUCAGUUACUAAGAAAAAGUUCUAGUGUUGGGCAAAAUUCACUAGUUUCUGAACAAGACACUCCUGAAGUGCAAUGUGUUGUUGAUGAAGAUUACGAACAAUUCCUUAAUUCUGGGUCAGUUGUUGAUGGUGAUUUUGUGUAUGGUUGUGAUGAGAAUACCAAAAACACAUCCAAUGUGGAGAAUGAGAGUACCAAAAACACAUCCAAUGUGGAGGAUGAGAGUAAUUCCUCUGAUUCAGAUCUAAUUGUUUUGGAAUCUUAUCCAAACUGUGAAAACACCCCUUUCGUAUCUUCAAAGGCAUAUGAUCCAUCUUGUUUUGGAGAAGAAAUGCACCCCGAAGACAACAUGCAAACGACUUCUUUUUUUCAUUCUCAAUUUCGGAAAAGACUUAUGGAAUAUCUUGAUAGACCUUAUGACUAUCAAGAGUAUAAAUCUCUUCUUGUUCAAGCAUAUGAACGAAAGGUAAGGGAACGCCAUUUAGAAACACGGCGGGGUGUGAUUAGGUCAUAUCGCUCUGUAGGUGUCUCCAAAUCGUAUCUUCAAGUGCACUCUGAUUUAACCGAAGCUAUUGUCAUGGAGUCCAAGAAAAAGCCUAGGGUUUUGUUUCUCUUGCGUGGAUUAUUUUUCUGGUUAGAAAACCUAUCCCAUGAAGGACAAUUUCAGCCUUGGCGUGACGAAUCAUGUCUGGAGAUUAUGCGAAAAAUGUAA